CCUAGCGAAUCGACUGCGACAGCUACUUUUUCUGAUAUAAUAAUAAUUGUUGGCAUAUUCGAGAUUUGUUAUCUUAAAAUAAAUAUGAUGAACUUAUAGACAAGAUGGGACGUAAUAUUUUAAAAAGUAGCUUAGAAAAUGCUUCUUUUAGUAUAAUUUUUCAGGUAUUUUUUAGAUGUAUAACUUUUAUUUUAAAUGCCUACAUCAUCAGAACUGUGGGCCAAGAAGUGCUUGGUAUUAUGAAUGUAAGAUUGCUGCUUUUAGAGUCUACAAUACUAUUUUUAUCCAAAGAACCUAUAUUAAAAGCUUGUUUAACUAAUACAAAUUCCAGAAAUUGGGCGCAAGUAAUAAACCAAAUAUGGUUAUCUGUCCCUUUGUCCAGUGUUAUUAACAUUUUGUUGGUGUAUGUGUGGCUAUAUGUCUUAACACCUACAGAAGACAAAUAUUUAAUUCAGUAUCAAUUAGGUUGCUAUGCUGUAGCAUUAUCUUGCCUGGUUGAACAACUAACUCAAGUUACUGUUCUUAUAGCCCAAAAUUUUUGUUUUAUUAAGUUAAAAGUGGUUAUAGACACAAUUUACAUUGUCAGUCGCACAAUAAUAUUUGUAUAUUAUGUUGAAUGUGAUCCACAACGUCCAAUAAAUGCUUUUUCUAUUGCACAAUUAGUAUCCUCAGUUAUAUUAUGUUUGGCUUACUAUUGUUUCUUCUUUUGGUAUAUAAGGGCUUUAAAUAAUGUUAAAGCAAUUGAAAAGAAAAAACAAAAUACUCAAAAUGAGAAAAAUGUUAAAACUAUUUUUUCGGACAUGAAUGACUUCCCCAUUACAUCUUUUUGGCAAUUAUUUCCUGGUAUUAUGGACAAUGAGGAGACUAUGUUAGAUCCAAAAUUAUGUUUAUUAACAGUUAGUUUUAUAAAACAGUCUGUAGUUAAACAAAUUUUAACAGAAGGUGAGAGAUAUGUAAUGACCAUAUCUCCAGUACUUACGUUUAGCCAACAAUCUAUAUAUGACAUUGUUAAUAAUUUGGGAAGUCUUGCUGCAAGGUUUAUUUUUCGACCUAUAGAAGAGUCUGCUUAUUUUUAUUUUACACAAAUGGUUAAAAGGGAUGAGCCAUUAGCAAAACAAAAUAAGAAACAUAUUGCUGAAACGGUGGAAGUAUUGAGUCAGCUAUGCAAAGUUGUAGUAACCAUUGGUUUAUUAGUGGUUACUUUUGGCCAAGCAUACAGCUACUCAUUUCUAUUUUUGUAUGGAGGAUACAAACUUGUAGAAAGUAACUUGCCUGUUUUAUUGUUGAGAUUUCACAGCUUUGCUAUAGUUUUACUAGCUAUAAAUGGAGUAACAGAAGGUUAUGUCUUUGCUACAAUGGAUAAUCAGCAAUUAGACAGGUACAAUUAUUUGAUGGUGAUAUUUUCUAUAUCAUUUUUGCUUAUUUCUUAUAUACUUACCUAUAUAUUUGGACCUGUUGGGUUUAUUUUAGCCAAUUCUAUAAAUAUGACUGCUAGAAUUACUCAUAGUCUAAGGUAUAUUACUAAACAGUAUAGAUUGACUGAAUUUCAGCCAUUAAAUGGUUUAUAUCCAGGAUAUAAGUUCAUAAUAGCUUUAGUUGCAUCUGGAAUCUUUACAAAACUAUCAGAAAUAUUCCUAAUGGAAAAAUCGAUUAUUCUCCAUAUUGGAGUUGGAGGCGCAUUUUUCCUUUUAACCAUAAGCAUUUGGGCCUCAGAUAAUCUCCAGUUACUUAAACUGAGCUAUGACAAAUAUAAAAGAAAAAGUUCCAUUAAAGAAGACUAGUCAAAUAAAAUCCAUGUGAUAUGUAAAUAGAAAAUUUUAAUAAAGAAAUAGAUAUUGUUACUUACGAUCUAGUUUUAUUUGGUUUAUAUAAAGUAUUCAAAUAUAGAUAUUGCAAUUAAAAUUUACAGGAUUAGGUUUGUACAUUUUUAAAUAUAGCACCAGUGACAUUGCUUCCUUUUUGUAUAGUACAAGAACGGGUAUCACUUUCAAAAUGUAUAAUUGGAGGCUUGCUGUUUGGUUCCAAUUUAGCUGCCUCUUCUGCGAUUGCACUUAUUAUACCUGCACUGUUACUGGAAACUUGACCUUUCA